AUGUCUUCUUCACCUAUUCACCCUGCGGUCACCGUAAACAACACCAAAAACUUCAUCCCUUUGAUCCUUGACAGUCAAACCGAACACUACAACACAUGGGCCGAGUUGUUCAUCCUUCACUGCAAAGCUUACGAUGUCUUUGAUCACUUACAACCCCGUGUCACCGCCACCUCUUCCUCCACUGAAAAAGACUCAUCAGACAAGGAAAAGGAUAAAACACCGGUCACCAAACAUCCCUAUCUUGAGUCAUGGGAACGGAUAGAUUCCAUUGUUCUCCAAUGGAUCUAUGGUACCAUCUCUCAAGAUCUCAUGCACACCAUCAUGAUCACCGACACCACCGCCUACGACGCAUGGUGUCGACUCAAAAACCUUUUCCUUGACAACCAAGCCGCUCGUACCAUCACCAUACAAAACAAAAUCUUCAACACUCGCCUAGAACUGUUCCCAACUAUGGCCGAAUAUUGUCAACACAUGAAACUCCUCCAUGACCAACUUACUAGCCUCGGUCCACCAUCUCUGAAAACCAACUUGUCCAACAGAUUCUCACCGGGUUAA